AUGAAUUUUCUUAUUUUCAUGUUGAUUAAAUGUAUUGUCAAACAAAAGAAGAGUAGAUUCGUUUGGGAUGAACAGAAAAAAGAAUGGGGUCGUCAUUAUGGUUAUAAAAAAGCAAAUGAUGAAUCAAAAGUAUGGCUUAUAGAAGUACCAACCAGUGCUGAUCCAAAUGAAGAUCAAUUUGCUAAAAAAUCAGCAGCGAAAAAUGAAUUUCAACGCCUUAAAAAUAUUGCCCAUGCAAACAAAAUAAACGGUACAUAA